CCCUAGGCCGGUGCUUUAUGCAUUUUGUUGGUCCACCAUGGCGUGGAGAGGUCUAAAACUUUACAGUUCUCCCGCUGUAAGCAGUUUGGGUUGUCUGGCCAGGUUUACAAGGUUGCAGUCUAGCGUGCCUGAACCGGUAGAAGAAGAGGAGACUCGAGAGAAUGCACAAAAGGAAACCUCUGUAGCAAGGAGAAAAAAAUCUAACUUUGCUGGGGAAGAGAUCAGGCCGUUUUCAUCCUUCUUGACAGACACUUUUGGCAGGAAUCAUGAUUACCUGAGGAUAUCGUUAACAGAAAGGUGUAACCUGAGAUGUCAGUAUUGCAUGCCAGAAGCGGGUGUGGACUUAACACCGAAGCAAAAACUGCUGUCAACAGAAGAGGUGGUCACUUUAGCCAGGCUGUUCGUAUCCCAAGGAGUCAACAAGAUUCGACUGACAGGAGGGGAGCCACUGGUCAGGCCAGAUGUGGUGGAUAUAGUUUCGGAACUCAAUAAGCUGAGGAGCCUUGGACUGGAGACAAUCGCCAUGACAACAAAUGCAUUAACACUGAAGAGAAAAUUGCCUCAACUUCACAAAGCAGGGCUGAACCUGCUGAACAUAAGCCUUGAUACCUUAGUGCCUGCCAAGUUUGAGUUCAUUACUAGGAGGAAAGGCUGGGAGAAGGUCAUGGAAGGCCUGGAAAAGGCCCUGGAACUAGGCUACAAUCCAGUUAAGCUCAAUUGCGUGGUGAUGAGGGGGGUGAAUGAAGAAGAAAUAUGUGACUUUGUAGCAAUGACAGAGAAGAAGGCUCUGGAUGUGAGGUUUAUAGAGUACAUGCCGUUUGAUGGUAACAAGUGGAACCACAACAAGAUGGUGACCUACCAGGAGAUGUUAGACACCAUCCGUCAGAGGUGGCCUGACCUGGAGAAAAUGAGAGAUGGACCCAAUGACACCUCCAAGGCCUACAGAGUGCCAGGUUUCCGUGGCCAGAUGGGUUUUGUGACGUCCAUGUCUGAACACUUUUGUGGGUCCUGCAACAGACUCAGGAUAACUGCUGAUGGAAAUCUUAAGGUGUGCCUGUUUGGGAAUUCAGAGGUAUCCCUUCGAGAUACCUUAAGAGCCCGUACCUCAGAGGAGGAGCUUCUUAAGAUCAUAGGAGCAGCAGUAGGGAGGAAAAAGAAACAGCACGCAGGGAUGUUCAACAUUGCAAAGAUGAAGAAUAGGCCCAUGAUUCUCAUUGAUAGUCAUCAGGACGUCAUCAGUCAUGAAGGGAAAAUCCAUACCAAGAGUAAUUUUGAAGAAGAGCACAAUUUAAUCUCACACAGCAAUGGGUUACAGUGGGUCACGGCCAAGACAAAAGGAUCUGGUUGCUUUUUGCCAAACACAAUUUUCCACCUUUACAUCCAGGGUAGAUCUACAUGUAGAGUAAAGGGCUUUUUAGAAAGGGCAUUAGGAGGACGAAAUUGUUGGCUGCAGCAAUUCUAUAGCACCUCCAUUCAUGGUGCAUGCAGGUUGGACAGCUCUUGCAUUGUAGAUUUGCAGAAUAACAAACAUCAAACAAGAAGUGAAAGAAAGUUCUCUGGUAGUGAUGGUACUGCAGAAAAUGGAGAUGUCCCUGCUGUCGGUGGGUCCCGUGAGGCUCAUCUGACACAUACAGACGAAACAGGAGCGGCAAAGAUGGUGGAUGUUGGACACAAAGAUAACACACGACGGACGGCCUCGGCAGCUGCAGCGGUGAUGUUGAGUGCUGAUGUCUUUGCCUUGGUGAAGGACAACAAGAUGAAGAAGGGUGACGUACUAACAGUUGCACAGCUCGCUGGCAUCAUGGCUGCUAAAAACACCAGUAAUCUCAUCCCCUUGUGCCACAACAUCCCCAUCAGUAAAGUGGAUGUCCAGCUGCGUCUGGAUCCUUCCCAGCAUGCAGUUCACAUUGUGUCAGAGGUCAGCACCACGGGAAAGACGGGGGUUGAGAUGGAGGCACUAACGGCAGCGGCCGUGGCAGCACUAACGGUGUAUGACAUGUGCAAAGCAGUCACACAUGACAUCAACAUAGACAACAUCCACCUAGUUAGCAAAACUGGAGGUCAGAGGGGUGACUUUCACAAGUCAUGAUCAAAUCAAUUUUUCACAUCUACAUUUUACCAUCUAUCAAUAUUGAUUUGUCAUACAUGUACUAGUAUUCUCUUGUCCUUCACAACCCUUUUUUUCAUUAUUGGUAUUGACAUUGAUGAAUUACAGAUUAGACAGUUUCGGCCAAGCUUGCCAUGUGAACCACUGUCUACAAAUCACUCAGUAUAUAAAACUCAGUUACUUGGUAAAUCCUUUCAAAAUUCUGUGCAUUAUCAAAUGUCAAUGUUUUUGCAGUAAAUACAGAGUGAUGUUUACCCGGAAUAAUGUGAUGCUUAAAUCAUAUGAUUUUUAAAAAACCUGUUGGUAGUUAUUGGAUAUCUAUACGUGUACACAAUGUAGUACACAUUAUUGUCAGACUGGCUGUGAGUUAUACUGAAUUCUUUGAAUGUGCUACAUGUACAUUGUAUUUCUGUAUAUUUUUGUGAUCGAUUAUAUGACAUGGUGUUUUAACCAUGAUGUGUACCAUGCUAUGAAUGUCAUUUAACUUCAUUGGUAUAUAUCGGCUUUCAACUACAUUGUAUCAUAAAAUGAGUAACACUUAUUUUUGUCAUGGGUCAUUUAAUAUGCAAUUAUUGUGUAGCACCUGCUUUGAAAAACAUACACAUAAAUCUUUUGGGAAAAAGAAAUGUAAACUUAAGGUAUACUCAAUUUUAAUAGGUAGAUUGACUUAUUGAAUGCAUGGUGUUUUCUAAUCUAUUCUAAUUCUAAUUUUUUAAAGAUAUCUGCUACCUACAUUUGACUUAAAUAUGGUUCCAUUUUAUGCCUUGACAAAGUAGGUACAAUUGAGGCCUUACAUAAAAAUCACAUAAUAUAGAAUUUGUGUCAUUGAGGUGGUAGAUUUGAUAUAUAUGCAGCAUAUAUUCCAUGUUACUGAAUAAUUGUGUGUUACUAAAGAUCUUUUGUAGUAGGAAGGAAAGUUUAUCAUUUUCACUAGUACAUGUAAUACAUUUAAUUUAUGAAGAUGAUGGAAGGAACAAAGGGAAAUCUACAGACUAAGGGAAAAGCUUUCUUUUUUUCACAAGUGUACGGUAGGGUAUAAUAAAUCGAUUGCACUUGUAUCUGUAUAGCUGGCAUAGCAGCUAUUGUUCAUAAGUAUGAUUCCAAAGUUAUUGAUAAAUACAUAAAGUAAGUGUAUGUAUAAUUUAUGUAUAAUGGUCAUGUAGAUUAUGUAUAGGGCAGACACUACAAUUGCGUUGUGCAGUAGAGGCCCCAAAAUGGGAACACAAUUGUAGUUCCUAGUUAAUAUCUUUGAAAAUCUUUUUUUGGUCCAGCUUGGAGAUUUUGGGGCUAGAAGGAACAGGUAGGGUCUAAACUUCAAAUUUUGUUCAUUUCACCAGUUAAGUGGGCAUAAUAAAAACUAAGAGACCUGAAUAAUGAGGUCUUGCCUACCCAGGGUGGAUGGAUACAUGAGAAAAUUAGGUCAAAAGUAGGGUUUGUUCAACGUUGUCAGCUGUUGUAAGAGUUUGAGCUGAUCAACCCCCUAUUUUCUUUCUAUAUUUGGGAAACUUGUGGCUCUCUGGUGCAGAAGAAUUUUUGAGAUUGAAAUGUGAGAAAGUACUUUCAAGGGGACUUGUUUCAGUGUAUUGACCAUAGGUUCCUAUGGCCAAAGGUAAUUGUACUGUCAGCCCUAUAAUUAUGUAUAAUGGUCAAAGGGUUAUGUAUAAUUAUGUAUAAUGGUUCAAAAGGUUAUGUAUGAUUAUGUGUAAUGCCAAAAUUGUUAUGCAUAAUUAAAUAUAAGUAUAGUAUGAUUAUGUAUAAUUGGACUACUAUAUUCCCAGCAAGGGACUACAUGUAUAUGCUUUCCGCAUAUCCAUUACCAUUUGUUAUGUCACCAUAAGAAGUAUAAAGACAGUUGGGUUAAGCGUUUGGGAUUUAUGGG